UUUGAAUUUUCCAUUCGCGGGUGGAUCUCAAGUACAAAGACGUUAAACCCGUGGUGGGAGAAGGCGUGAGGAGGAAAGAGAUGGAUCUCAAGUACGAAGACGAUAAACCCGGUGUGGGAGAAGGCAUGAGGAGGAAAGUGAUGAGGCAGCUGCACGAGACCUAUGCCUCUUCGCUUGCAGGCAAGCAGUUCGCCUUUGAUGGUGAGACGGGCCUCUACACCGCUGGGCCUCUUCCUUUUACCACCAAUGUGUUUGAGGUUGUCUUGGUCGAUGCUUCAUCCGCAAGGAUUGCAGCAAUGAGCAGGAGCCCUGGAGGAGAUGGCAGCCCGGGGCCAAGUGACAGCAAGAGAAUGAAACAGGAAACACCCUCCAAAAUAUUCAAGGUGGAGAUAACCUUCGCGGCAAAGGUUCCGAUGAACAUUUCCUCGCAGGAUGCUCUUCGGGUUCUUGACAUCAUUCUGAGGCAGCACUCUGCGAAACAGAAUUGCCUUUUAGUCCGACAGUCUUUUUUCCGUAAAGAUUCCCGUUAUGUGGAGUUGGGUGGCGGUGUUCGCGGUUGUCAGGGUUUUUAUUCUAGCUUUCGACCCACUCAAAGUGGGCUCUCACUCAAUGUCGAUUUAACCACCACGAUGGUAGUGAGACCCGGGCCUGUGAUUGACUUUCUACUCUUCAACCAGGAUGUGAAGGACACUUCCAGAAUUGACUGGCGCAAAGCCAAACGGGCACUGAACAAAUUAAGGAUCGAGACCAUUCACACGAAGAUGGAAUUGCAGAUUAUUGGAUUAUCCGAAAACAAUUGCAAUGAGCUGACUUUCCCACUAAAGCAACAGGAUGGCACCAUUGUGGAUGUAACUGUCUAUGAUUACUUCAUGAAUCGUUGGUCUACGAAGAUGGAAAAGUCUGCUAAUUUUCCCUGUCUAAUUGCGGGGAAGACAAACAGCCCAACAUACCUCCCGCUGGAGGUUUGCCUUCUAGUGCCAUUGCAAAGGUAUAAAAAGUCUCUGUCGACAAUGCAAAGGUCAAAGCUAGUGGAGGGAUCCAGGCAGAGGCCAGAUCAGAGGAUGUUGAGCUUGACUGGUGAGUUGCGUGCCAAUAAUUAUAAUUCCGAUCCAAUGUUAAGGGAAUGCGGCAUUUCGAUAGCUCCAGAGUUUACCCAAGUUGAGGGUAGAGUCCUUCAGGCACCACAGUUAAUCUUUGCAGAUGGUAGAGAACUUCAUACGCCUAACGGGAGGUGGAACUUCAAUAAUGAUAAAUUCAUUAAGCCCAUUAAAGUGGAGACCUGGGGAGUUGUUAAUUUUUCUGCACGAUGUAAUGUUGAAGAUCUUGUCGGGUGCCUUGUCCGGUCUGGUGCCAAUAAGGGAAUUGAAAUGGCCAAAUGUGGCGCUGUGAUUGAGGAGAGGCAUCAAAUGAGACGGGAGCCUCCAACAAAAAGGGUGGAGGCUAUGUUUCAGCAGAUUAAAGCAAAGUUAACACGAAAACCAGACUUUCUCUUUCUCUUGUGUGUUCUUCCUGAGAAGAACUGUGACAUCUAUGGACCGUGGAAGCGCGAAUGCCUUGUGGAACAUGGUAUCUUUACGCAAUGCUUGGUUCCUCCUGCCAAUAUCAAAGAUCAGUACCUCACAAAUGUGCUGCUAAAGAUAAAUGCCAAGCUUGGCGGGUUAAAUUCAUUGCUAAAAAAGGAAACAGCCCGUGCUAUUCCUCACGUGUCGAGGAUGCCAACAAUUAUCUUUGGUAUGGAUGUUUCCCAUGGUUCACCAGGACAAAACUUACCAUCAGUUGCUGCAGUGGUUAGCUCAUUGAAGUGGCCAAUCAUGUCAAAGUACAGAGCCUCUGUGUGCACUCAGUCACCCAAGCUGGAAAUGAUUGAUGCCUUGUUUAAGCCAAUUGGAGAUGAUGAUCAUGGCCUCAUUAAGGAUUCAAUAGUUGACUUCCUCAAAAACAACGAUGAUCAGAGGCCGGAACAAAUUAUCAUUUUCAGGGAUGGCGUUAGUGAGAGCCAGUUCAAUCAGGCACUGAACGAGGAGCUAGCGCAGAUCAUGGAGGCAUGCAAAUUUUUUGGUGGCAAGCACUUUAAUGGCAACUGGUUCCCCAAGUUCACAUUGAUAGUUGCGCAGAAGAAUCAUCACACGAGAUUUUUCCAGCGAGAUGGACAGAGACCUGAUCAAGUGACUAAUGUCCCCCCUGGCACUGUGGUUGAUAGAGGAAUCUGCCAUCCCAGGAACUAUGAUUUCUACAUGUGUGCUCAUGCUGGCAUAAUUGGGACUACAAGGCCAACACACUACCAUGUGCUCCACGACGACAUAGGCUUCUCUGCUGAUGAGCUGGAGGAGCUCGUGCACUCCCUAUCCUAUGUGUACCAGAGGAGCACCACAGCAAUCUCAGUAGUUGCUCCCAUCUUCUACGCACACCUUGCGGUGGCCCAGGUGGCCAAGUUCACCAGGCUCGAUGACAUGUCUGAGACGUCAUCCCAGGCUGAGGCUGCCCCGGUGCCGGAGCUGCCUCGUCUGCAUCGCAAUGUAGCGUCAACAAUGUUCUUCUGCUGAGCCGCACGGUUUCCCCCAUAGUCGGCGGUUGGAAGCAACGGAAACUUUAUCAGAGGCUACACGGAAUCGGUCAUGGUGUUCAUGCGUGAGCGCUGAAGUACGCUUUUGGUCUUAGCUGCUAGAUUUAAUGGGUGUUAUCUCGGAGAACAAUCUAUGGUUGCUAUCAUGGUGCUUUUUGUGGAGUUCCUUGCCAACAAUAAUCUGAACUUUUCAUAGUCAAGACCUUAAACUCUGCUCAUGUGCAAGGUGCCAACGUAUUUCGGAUUUUAAAUUCAUAAAUAUUGUCGGCAGCAUGUCCAACGGCUAAGUUUUGGAUUCACAAUAAGUUUAUUUACAGUUUUGUGAUUAGGUACUUUGCUUUCAAUUUACUUCAAGGGCCUGGCUUUUGAUC